AUGGACAUCGGCAGGUCAGGCGACAGCGACGUGAUCGGAUGCAGGAAGGCGCUUUCUGGACUGCGUCGCAUAUACGAGGAGCAGCACCCCAUCGUGGCCAUGGGACGCGAUGAGCUGGCCAAGGCCGAGCAGCAGGAACGAGCACAGAUGGCCCCAGAGCACGUUAUCCGAUCCGCACUUGCGCGCCAGAACAUCUGCAAGCGGGAGGCCGAACGCGGGGAGUCCACCGCCAGGGACCUCAGGUCGAAGCUUGACGACACGAGCGCCAAGCUGGCCGUGGCGAACCAGCAGCUCGUGGCUGACAAUGCGGAGGUCGCCCAGGCCAGGCUCACGCUGGGACCCACAACGGCCCCAGGUUUGGUGGAGGCCGCCAACGAGAUCGCCUCCCUGCAGCAGAUUCUCCAGGGCGCCAGGGGCUCCAUCAGUGCGGGCCAGGACCGCAACAUGGUCGGAGGGGCCAUCCUGGACACCGUGGCGGACCACAUCAACAGGCUGGGCGAUGCAGUUCCCCCGCAAAGCGUCAUUGUGGGCCCAGCCUCCAUGGAGUCCGUCGGUGGCCACAACUACCUCAGCACGAACUAUCAGAAGCUGAUGCGCAUCGCGAUGGCCAUGCGCUACUUCUCGGCCCCGUACAUCUUCGCGACCGACUGGAAUGCUGAGCCCAGCCUCCUGGAGGAGCUCGGCUUCGUGCAGGUCGCGCAGGCGGACUCCAGGCGGAGACGCCCCCAAGGCGCAGAUGACGCCCAGCAGCGGUCGGACGCGACGCACGCUACGUUCACGACCUUUGCGGAGCAGGACCUCUGCCACAUCUACCAGCUGCAGGGCGCGGAGCGCUACAGCGGCAGGGCAGUUCGACCCGCGCGCGUCCGGCGUCCAGUCGGGGGGCCAGCACUUCGACCAGGGAGGCCCGCUGCGGGCGCGGAGGCACGUUGCAUUCGCAACCUGGCCCUCGCGCUCCACGACGCGGUCCAUUCGGUCGCGCGCGCGGGCGACUCUCGAGCCCGAUGGGCACGGGAGACGAGGGCGCUGCGACCUUGCCACCGACAGGACAUCCAUACGGACGAGGGCGCGCCACUGUCUGAGUCGGCCUGGUGCCUGAUCCACCACGCGGUCACGCAGACGAACCACCACUACGCCGCGCUCGCCACCGCACGCGCGGCCACGGUCGACGACCACCCGGAGCACCUGGAGAGGGAGGCUGCCAAGCGCCGCGCCGUCAGCUUCCACAAGUGGGCCCAGGGCGCCAUGACCACUGGCGCGUCACCAGUCUUCGGCAUGACGAAGCUGAAUGGUUGUGCACACAAUGAGCUGGACAGGCUUGGCAUCCGCACGGCACUACCUCAGGCGGCGGCGGACAAUCAUAUGGACUUCUGGAACGACAUCUGGAAGGGCACCGUGAUUUCGCAGAAGCCAGACCAGAGCAUAGUCGUUGCGGACGCGCAGGAUAACAUCGAUAAGGUCACCACCAACGAUUACGAAAUCGAGCACCUCAUCGACAUGGACGGCGAGAUCCCCGAGCUCAUCCGCAGCCUCCCGAGGAUGGUAGAGCUGGCGACCGCUGUCAUCGCGAGGCUGGCCACGGUCUCGGUGGCGUUGGAGCUCCCGGUUGCCAGAGAUAGGGCCAAUAUCCUGCGCUCCUCGCUGUGGCUGGCUGAGCAAGUGGCGCGACGACUCCGCGCGUUCGGCUUCGAGGCGGCGCGGCAGCUCAUUGUCUUGGGGCUGGAAUGCAUGGCGCACGGAAUCCACGCGGUCGGAGCCCCGCCAUCAAUGUUGGCCACGAUGACGAACGUGGCGCGCACAGGCUGGGCCAAGACCCCAAAGGCAUCGUCGACGCGGUUGGCAUCGUCGCUGGAGGAGGCCUCGCACCAGAUGCCUGACAGCAUGGCCAUGACGGGUUAUCUUCACACGUGGGCGCAGAUGGUACACGGGCGACAGGCCAUCCCACCUGCUUCUGGCGAGAUCUUCCAUCUCGACAAGAGACCCAUCCCACCCGCUUACUCGCUCCAGGGCCUCGCGGCCUUCACUGUCUACGUGCCUCCGGAUGGGCCGACGGCGCAAGCUGGGGGCAGCCCUUUUGUCGAGUUCAAGGGUGUACAGGCGCACUCUACUGACCCAACAAUGGCCGACGAUGCCCUUGCACACUAUGGAAGCGUUCAGCUCUCGCUGAUCAGCGUGGACGACUACGAUCAACAUAUCAGCAAGGGCCCCGUCUGCGACCUCAACGGGCAGCUGUCCAACGAAGGAGCCUCCAUGUCGAAGUACAACGUCGGGUUCACCCAUACGCAGUUCGUGCACAGCGACAUCAACAAGACAGGCGUAUAUUUCCUGCUCAUGUCGAAUUGUGGAAACUUCUCUCAGGGCGAGGUAAUUGGCCAGGUCGUUGUGAGGAAUACAUUCGGCUUCAUGUCCGCCAUCCAGUACCACAAGUUGAGUUUCUACAGUUACUGUACGAUGGUCUACACGGUCUUGGCGGUUAUUUGGGGUCUGCUUUGCGUAACAUGGAGGCAGGGGCUCAUCGCCAUGCACGGGCUCGUUGGCUUCGUGAUCGGGCUGAAGGUGGUGGAGUGUGUGUUCUGGACUGGCCACCUCUACAGCCUGAACUUGUCUGGGGAAGCUUCGGGCAUUGUAGCAUGCUUGCCGAUAAUGUUCACAGUGGUUUCGUCCUACUCGUCAUACACGCUCAUCCUAGUGAUCUCGCAGGGCUGGAGGAUGACAGAGGAGGUUCUGCAGGAAUGCACGGUAGCCAAGAUUGGCGUGUUCGGGCUCAUCUGGAUCUCUUUUAACUACUUGCGCGAAGGUGCCAUGGUUCACCGGCAGAGCUUUCACAUUUCCUCCAAUUUCAUGACCAUGACGGCCCUUGGCGCUAUGACCACCAACGGCAUACUUUUCGCCUGGAUCCUCAUGUCCCUCGCCAAGCUCUCCAAUGGCCUCAAGGAGCGCAAUUUGGAAAACCAGCUGAAGGCGGUCUCCCGUUUUACCGUCGCCUUUAUCGUCGCGAUCGUCGCGAGCUUCCCAGUGGCGGUCGUCCAGUUGCUGGACAGCCUGGGCUCCCUGGCGGUUCCUUGGAAAUACCAGUACCUCGCCGAUGGCGGCCUUGUACAUGUAAUUGUCGCCUCCAUGGUCGUCGUCGCCAUGUGGGUGUGGAAGCCGUCGGCCGACUCGGAUCAGCUGGGCUACGACGCCGCCCCGAUCGGCCAGAACGACGAUGAGGGCCUGUGGAAGGAGGACGGCGACGACGAG